UCCUAAAAUUAAAAUCAAAAAGCAGGAAAACCUUAAACAGACCAACCCCCGUCUCUUCUUCCUCCCCCCAACUCCCUUCAGUUCGCCAUGGAAGACGACGAACAGAGAAUAGUAGAUCUGGUUAAAGAACUAGUGCAUCGCUUACUCUACAAUGCUCAAAACCCUAAUUCUUCAUCCUCUACAGUUCCCGCUAGACAGAAAUACAAUCAAGCUCUUAAAUACUCUCUCCGCAUUCUCUCAAGCCGCAUGACCCCGUCGAUAGUUUCUAACGAAUCCGCUAUGGUGGAGUCCAUCAAACGCCACCUUGUUACCGCCGGUAAGUCCUCCGAAGCCCUUACUUUUGCUGACCUUUACUCCAAAUUUUCACUGAAAUCCGGGCCUGGAAGCGUAAAGAACAAAUGGGCUGUUGUCUAUUUGCUCAAGACAGUUUCGGAGGAUCUAAAAUCACGGAAAAACCAAUCCCCCAAUAUAAUUUCUAGUGGGUUCUUAGACUCUGCGUUGGCUGGUGGAUUGCCUACAUUGCUUGAAAACACUGAAUUUAAUAAUAAUUCUGGGGGUAUUGGCAACUUGAUUAAGAAUUUGAAUAUUGAAGAAUUUAAGGAUGGUCCUGAUAAUCUGUUGGGUCAGGGUUAUAAUUUUCAAUCAUUGAGUAAUAUGGGAAAAUUGAAGAAGAAUCGAGGUGAAGGAACACUGGGCGAUUAUUCUAGUAACUUGAAGCGUUUAGGUGAUAAUUUGAGUGGAUUGAGAGUCGGAGAGAAUGUCAAAACGGGAUUAAAGGGAGGUGUAUUGAUGGUUUCCAAGGACCCAGAAAAUAUUCGUGAAAUGGCGUAUAGAGAAUAUGCAGACUUGGUAAAGGAGGAGAACGAGGUGCUAGAAGAGGUUUUGGUGAGGGAUGUAUUAUAUGCAUGCCAAGGGAUUGACGGUAUGUAUGUGAAGUUUGACGAGAAGAUAGAUGCAUACGUGUUGCAAGAUUUCAUCAAGGUGUCAAGGGCUACUGGGAUUCUGGUACGUAAGCUCUGCGAGAUUGGGUGGUUGUUUAGAAAAGUGAAGGGAUAUAUAACAGAAACUAUGGCUCGGUUUCCAGAUGAGGAUGUUGGGACUGUUGGGCAGGCAUUUUGUGCUGCAUUGCAAGACGAGUUGUCUGAUUAUUAUAAGUUACUGGCCGUGCUUGAAGCGCAGGCAAUGAAUCCUAUUCCAUUGGUUUCAGAAAGUGCACAUUCAGGGAACUAUCUAUCCUUGAGAAGAUUGUCAGUUUGGUUUGCUGAACCAAUGGUGAAGAUGAGGCUAAUGGCUGUUUUAGUUGAUUGCUGUAAG